UUAAUUUCAGGUUCCUCCAGGUUUGUAUGACGAUCAAGGCAAGUCCAUAAACAAAGGUUGUAUUAACAUCUGCUCCUGGAGCCCUGAAGCUGUUUCCAAAGCUUACUGCAGUCAGUUCAAGGAAGAUUUCUCCAUGUUCCUCAGGUUUCGAUCAAAAGAGGUGGUUUCUACAGGCAGAAUGGUGCUCAUACUACUUGGAAGAGAAGGUCCUAAUCCUGUUGGCAGAAGAAACUCUUUCUUCUGCGAACUCCUCGCAAGAUCCAUAGCGGAUCUUGUCGCACAAGGAGAAACUGAGCAGGAGAAGCUCGAUUCUUACGAGAAUCACUUUUACGCACCAAGUGCUGCUGAGAUAGAAGGUGAAGUGAACAAAGAAGGGUCCUUUGAAUUAGAGAAGCUAGAGAUGAUUGAAGUAGCCAAUAAGUGGGGCAAGGAGGAUGGUAUCAGUGCCGGUCUGGUGUUUGCAAAGACGGUAAGAGCGUCUCAAGGGUCAAUGCUUGCUCAACACUUCGGAGAAGCGAUAUUGGACAAGAUGUUUGAUACAUAUGCUAGACUGAUUGACGAGGAGUUGGCUAAGGAAGACAUAAGACCCAUUACAUUUGUUGUUGUUCUAAAAAGGAAGCUCUGAAACAUAGAAAUGAAACCUAUCUCUAUGUGUGUGUGACAAAUAUUGAAUAUACGAUAAUAAAACCAGAGUAUCAAGGAAACAUAUCAAGCAAAUAAAUUUGAUUAAAUCAUUUUUCAUUUCUACUUGAUGUAGCAUUUUCCAUGUAUUGUAUAUUUGAUUAAAUUUGAUUAACCAAGGGGAUAUUCACAAUUGAGACUUCACCUAAGCGGCACCGUAAUAAACUAGUUAUCCUCUAUAGUCAAACCAAAACCGUUUGACAUUUGACAUCUCUAAUGUUUGCUUUUGAGUUUUGAAUCUUUUGAUGUGCUCAGAAACAUAUUUUUUUUUGCUUUGGUAUUCUUAUUAAUCAAAUAAUUGAUCAAUUAUCCAGAGUUGAAAGAAACUCAAUAGGUUUUUGUCAGGUUAUAUAUGACAAGACAAAUAACAUUCAUAAUAGAAGAAAACAAACUGAGGGUUACAUAUUCAAAAAAAAGUAUUAAAACACAGAAUCUGUAUCUGUAAACUAACGACGAGUUACAGCAUUUAGAUUACAUUCAAAUGAUGAAGAUUCUCUCAACCAACUCUUAUUUUUGUUUUUGGUUUCUUCUUUGUCUACACAGCAGAGUUGAGAGAGUCUUCCAUCAGAAAAAUAGUUGAAACAGUA